ACUCUCGGGGUGUCCGUGGAGUUUAUUUUUACCCCCUAUAGCCCCUUUCCCCCUCCUCCCCCCCCCCCAACCCCCCUCCCGGCUCGGAGCAGGCGAAAACCUCCCUCCCUCCCGCCUUUUGCUGUUGGGCUUCGCUCCGUCGCAGUUCUCGACAUAAAACCAAACGGAGAGAGAGAGAGAAAAUAAAGACCCCGAGCCUGAGUGACGCUCCCGCCAUGAUGAUGGAGGACGACGGGCAGCCGAGGACCCUCUACGUGGGAAAUCUCUCCAGAGAUGUGACAGAAGCUCUCAUUCUUCAACUUUUCAGUCAGAUUGGACCAUGCAAAAGCUGUAAGAUGAUUGUUGAGACUGGCAAUGAUCCAUAUUGCUUUGUGGAAUUUUAUGAGCACCGGCAUGCAGCAGCAGCAUUGGCAGCGAUGAAUGGACGGAAGAUUAUGGGUAAGGUUGAGGUGUCACAGUUAGCUGUAAUGUCCUUUGCCCCACAUCCUGCUUCUUCAGUCUCACAAAUGCAUUCAGCUACACACCACAAAACAGAAGUCAAAGUGAACUGGGCAACAACUCCAAGUAGCCAGAAGAAAGACACAAGUAAUCAUUUCCAUGUAUUUGUUGGUGACUUAAGUCCAGAAAUCACCACAGAAGAUAUAAAAGCAGCAUUUGCACCUUUUGGAAGAAUAUCCGAUGCGAGAGUGGUCAAAGAUUUGGCAACUGGAAAAUCCAAAGGGUAUGGCUUUGUGUCCUUCUACAAUAAGUGGGAUGCGGAAAACGCCAUUCAACAGAUGGGAGGGCAGUGGCUUGGAGGAAGGCAGAUCCGAACAAACUGGGCAACCCGCAAGCCUCCUGCCCCAAAGAGUACAUCAGAGCCAAAUACCAAACAGCUGUCCUACGAGGAAGUUGUAAAUCAGUCCAGUCCCAGCAAUUGUACAGUCUAUUGCGGUGGCAUAGCAGCUGGACUUACAGAACAACUCAUGCGCCAGACAUUUUCACCCUUUGGACAGAUCAUGGAGAUCAGAGUGUUUCCUGAGAAAGGGUAUUCGUUUGUACGCUUCUCAUCACACGAAAGUGCUGCACAUGCGAUCGUCUCAGUCAAUGGAACCACCAUAGAAGGACACAUUGUCAAGUGUUACUGGGGCAAAGAGACGCCUGAUGGAAUGGGCCAAUUCCAGCAGCAAAAUCAGAUGGGUUAUGCCCAGCCUUGGAGCCAGUUUGGCCAGUGGUAUGGGAAUACUCAGCAGUUCGGCCAAUAUAUGCCCAACGGCUGGCAGAUGCCACCUUACGGAGUUUAUGGGCAAGCCUGGAACCAACAAGGAUUCAGAGUGGAUCAGACACCGUCCACUGCCGCAUGGAUGGGUGCUAACUAUGGAGUCCAGCCUGCACAAGGUCAAAGUCCCAGUGUGAUAACCAACCAAGCAGGAUUUGGCAUGGCAGGCUAUCAGACCCAGUGAGCAGAAAGGACUCUCUCUUCCUACCUAUAGCCAGUGGUUUCCUGCCGCAGCGGACACGUCAAGCCUUUGUUUACUUAAAAGAUUUUUUUUUUCAAAAGCUAGAUCAAUGAAACAUGUCAACUGCGUUGUAUUUAUUUUAAAAGGAAAACAAUUCAUUUUAGAAAUCAUGGAAAUUUGUCUCAUCCAAGCUUCUGUCUCAAGAUGCUGGAUGUCUGCCAAUUUUGGUGUCCAGUUUUCUUCAAAAAAAAAAUUAAAAUCUGUUUCCUGUGUCCCUUGGAGAAAAUAAACAAAAGCAGGGAUUUCUAAGUAAUGCGGCCACUGUUCUAAAAAGAGGCGGGCAAAUUGCACAAUACUAGAUGCCGUGUUUCUAUUGCAGAUGCUGGGCAGUUCAGUUUUGCAUUCCACACGUUUGAUUUUGAAGUGUCAAAUUUAAUAAUCCUAUGUUUUCCACCUUUUUAUUGUGCAAGGCCAUACUUGGUAAAUGUAGGAGGUUGUUCAAAACGCGAAACUCUUUGGAACACGGAAAAACAAACGUGGAGUCCCUGGAGCUUCUCAGCAUGUACACAGCAUAGUUUAAGGCAAUGAAAUACUAUCGUAAAAUGUU